CCACAUAGUAACAAAAAAUCUAAAAUGGAAGGUGAGCGCAGUAUGCACCACAGUGACAACAUUAGUAGUAAGAAUGGGAUCAUUGUCGUUGUGUAGCUUGAGCUUAGGAAUAACACCUACGUUUGGAAAUAGAACUUUGCCAUUGUUUGUGAAGAAGAACCUGCCAAGAGCGUGUUGCAGUUGCAGAGGCAGAGACAGAGACGAUGCUCCUCUGUCCACUGCUUCUGCUUACGCCGUCCUUGGAGUGCAACAUGGCUGCUCCGGCGCCGAAAUAAAAGCUGCUUUUCGAGCCAAGGUGAAGCAGUUCCACCCAGAUGUCAUUAGAGAUGAAAAUGAUAGAGAUUCUGAUUCUAUGAUUCGCCGUGUAAUUGAAGCAUACCGGAUGCUAUCCAACUUAAGCCCCUCACAAAUAAUUGAAGGGGAAUGCUUAGAUCCCUUUGACACGCCAGAGUGUGAAGCUUUUGAUCUUUUUGUUAACGAGCUUUAUUGUGUUGGUAAAGCGUGUUCAAAUUCCUGUGUGGAAAGAGCCCCUCAUGCUUUCACGUAUGUCUCUUCAACCGGAACAGCUCGUGCAUCUUCUCAAGGUCGCGGGGAGGAUUACCAAGUUCAACAGGCUGUUGGACAGUGUCCUAGAAAUUGCAUUCAUUAUGUUACCCCAUCACAAAGAAUUCUCUUGGAGGAGCUGCUUGAUAGCAUUCUAGAUGCCCCUUAUGAUAUAUCAGCUGAGGCAGACUUGCUCUACUCACUCAUAACUAAAGCUAAGUUUGAGAAUAACAGAUACCAAAAGCCAAAGAAGCAACCCAAAACUUCAACUCAGCAUGUGGAUUGGUUUUAGCAUUUAGAUAGCCAGGGCAGCAACUGUGCCCAUAUCUUCACUCCCCAACCUAAAGUAUAGAGAUUGAUGAGAUGUGGUUCUCAAUACUACUGAUAAAAGGCAUUGCAAGAUUAUCAGCUGCUCAAUUUUUGGCUUCACUUUAUCCCAUCUCCUUUCUCAUUUGGCAGGUAGUGGUCAAUUCAUGACAAGGUACAAAGGUUAUGUAACACGAUAUAUAUCUUGCUGAGUUAGAAUGCAAGAUGCCUAUUUUACUUGUGCAAGUGAGUGUUAGAGGGGCUUUUGUUAUGAUUGAUCAUGGAUGAAAUUACUUUUGUAAAAUUAAUUAUGGUAUAAGUUAUUUGGGUGUGAAGAUUUAUGCUUGAAUACAUCAUCUUUUUUUGUCUAAA